AUGCCUAAGGACAUUGAAAUGACCACAGAUGUUGAACAAACUGGAUCUCUUUAUUUAAAAAUGAAGCGGCCUUUGGAAGUUGCCUUGGCAGACAAUCCAUUAGCUCCGAGACGUUCAGCUCUUUCCAAAAAUGAUACAAAAGCGCUCAAUUUGGUUCCUUUGCCGGCCACAAAAUUUGAAUCCAAUGCUCGUCAAGAAAAGAAAUUUUCUGGAGGGAUUUGGGACGAGCCGUCGCCUGAAAAAGAAGUUAAAGGGAACGAGACUUUUCUGAAAAACCCAACCUCAAAAACUUCCAAACCCCCACAGAACAUUGCUGGGGAUUUGUACUCUGACGAUGAGGAACUUGAAACGGGAUUGGAAAAUAAGGAGGAGGAUGAAGAUUCUGAUUAUUUUGGUGAUGAGGCACUCGAAGAAGGAAAUCGUCUACUUUCUAGCACGGCUGCAAAGGAUGUGAUGAAGGAUGAAACGAGGAAAAAUCCUCCACCAACCUCAAUCGGUAUUCGUACAUCUUGUCAUGCCGACAAAUAUAUUUUGGAACUUCAAAAGCGUAAAAAUGCUUAUUCUUCAACUCUAUUAGAUUUAGACAAGGAAAACUCCAAACAGCAACAACAAGUUAGUUUUGACAAUUUUGAUUUGGAAAAGAAGAGAAUAACCGAAAAUGCUCGUGCCCGUUUAUUAGAAUUCAAAAAAUCGGAACAACAAAAAUUAAAAAAUCGUCUAGAGCAACAAAAACAGCCAUUAUUGAGUGGAGGUUUUGGGGCAAAAAAAAUUAGGGCAAAUCAAUUAAAUCGAAAUAAUUUGUUGAGUAGUGACGACGAGACGGCGGAUAUUGAAGAAAUUGGACAAAAUGAAGAUGGGGAAGAGAGAGGAGGGGAAGAAGAUUUUGAGGAGGAAGAAGGGAAUAAUAAUGAGGAAGAUGGACCUGUUAUUAUUAUGUCACGUCCAGAGGAGGAAAAGGAAGGGGUAAAUAAAUUUGGGGGAGGAGAGAAGAAGAUUAGUCAAGAAGAUGAUUUGAUUAAUGAUUAUGUGGCUGAUGAACAAUAUUAUAGAGAGACAAAACCCUUUGGAAAUAAUAAUAAUAUUAAUGGAAAUAUUUUUAAUAAUAAUGUUGGCAAUCCCAAGAAGGAUGCAACUUGUGAAAAACAAGAAAUGUCAGAAUAUAUGCGUUUGGAAAUGAUUGCAAUGACUACAAUUUUGGUUCGAUUGAAUGUUGCUAUUAAACUUGAUGUUCUUCACUCCGAAUUGACAAAAUACAAUGCGAAUGCAUUCUCUUCUAAUUCUGAUCUCUUGGAAUUUAUUAAGAAGAAUUGUCCAACUAGUGUAAAAUGGCAAGAUUGUGGGUUUAAUGUAAGUUUUGAACGAAGUUUUGCAAUUCAAAAAUAA